UCAUUGAUGAUCAGAGACAUGACUGAGGCUUUCACCCAGUGGGAGCAGCUGAACCAUCCUCAGGGAGAUGUGCCUGAGAAGCAUAGGAAUCUGGUCUUGCUGGGGCUUCCAAUUUCCAAGCCUGAUGUAAUCUCUCAGUUGGAGUGUGGGGAAGAACUGGAGAGACAAGUCUCAAAAGCAACUUGUCCAGACUGGCAGACAACACCAGAAAGCAAGGUCCUAAUUCCAGAGCAGGAAGUUUCUGAAGAAUCAGCCUCUGGGGUGUUAAUAGGAAGAUUUCCAAAGGUAACUUCCAGUGAAUGUGAGGAUUCUUUGGAGAGUCAGCAGGAAAACCAUGAGAAACAUUUAAUACAAGAGGUUGUCAUGCAGAAGAAAUCUUCAGGGGAGAGAAGUUACCAGUGUGAUGAAAUUGGAAGAAAUUUUAGUCGGAGGUCCUUACUUGUUCAACAGCAAGGAGAGAGAUUAUAUAAUUGUGAUUCAUUUAAAAAGAACUUAAAACAAAAUUCAGAUCUAAUGAGGCAUGAUAAAAUUUGUGCAAGAAAGAAACCUUGGAAGUGUAAUGAGUGUGAAAAAGCCUUUAGUUACUAUUCAGCUUUUGUCUUGCAUCAGAGAAUUCACACAGGAGAAAAGCCCUACGAAUGUAAUGAAUGUGGGAAAGCCUUUAGCCAGAGCAUACACCUUACCUUACACCAGAGGAUUCAUACAGGAGAGAAACCCUAUGAAUGUCAUGAAUGUGGGAAGGCCUUCAGUCACCGUUCAGCCCUGAUUCGGCAUCAUAUAAUUCACACUGGAGAGAAACCCUACGAAUGCAAUGAAUGUGGGAAGGCCUUUAAUCAGAGUUCAUAUCUCACUCAACAUCAGCGAAUUCAUACUGGAGAGAAACCUUAUGAGUGUAAUGAAUGUGGGAAGGCCUUCAGCCAGAGCACAUUCCUUACCCAGCAUCAGGUCAUUCACACUGGAGAGAAACCUUAUAAGUGUAAUGAAUGUGGGAAGGCCUUCAGUGAUCGAUCAGGCCUUAUUCAGCACCAGAGAACUCAUACUGGGGAGAGGCCUUAUGAGUGUAAUGAAUGUGGGAAAGCCUUUGGCUACUGCUCAGCUCUCACUCAACACCAGAGAACUCACACUGGUGAGAAACCCUAUAAAUGCAAUGAUUGUGCCAAAGCCUUCAGUGACCGCUCAGCCCUUAUUCGUCAUCAGAGAACACACACUGGAGAGAAACCUUACAAGUGUAAGGAUUGUGGAAAAGCUUUCAGCCAGAGCUCAUCUCUUACAAAGCAUCAGAAAACUCACACUGGAGAAAAACCCUAUAAGUGUAAGGAAUGUGGAAAAGCUUUCAGCCAGAGUUCUUCCCUUUCUCAACAUCAGAAAACUCACACUGGAGGGAGCACCAAGGAAUAUGGAAAAGUCUUUAGUGAGCAUUCAGCCUUUGGCCAGCAAAAGAGAAUUCAUACUGGAUAAAGACUAUGUAGAUAUAGUACAUUUAGAAAAUAUUUAUUGAACAAUUACUAUACAUGUGUGAGGGCUACAGAGGAAUUUAAGACUGUUACAAAAAAUAUAUUAAUGGGGAAGUCAUUGUUAAUAUAUGACAGUUACUUUAAAUGUGAACAAGGGGCUUUAUGUUUUUUCAAAAUGUCCUAAUGGAGGACAUUUUGAAUUUCCCUGGGGAAAGACAAAAAUUAUUUCUAACACUCUAUAUGUAAGCUGCCAAAUCCUUGAGAGAGAAAUAGAAUAGGGCAUGAUGGGAAGAGGACAUACUAGCUGAGCUACGUAGUCUCAUAAUGCUAAGGAGAUGAAGUGUUAAAGAGAUACGUGGUUCUUUUAGGGAAAUCGCAGGGGUAGGAAUAAGAUUGAGAUUCCGCACUGAGUUUGAGUGGCAGUGGAAGGACACUUAGGAGGGAGAUGGAAAGGGCGAGAAAAAGCCUGGGGAAAUGAAGUCAGCAACUGUUGAUAGAGAUAACCACUGCAGCUAGUACCCACAACAGGGAAACUGUUAGUCAAACUUGUUGGUUGGUUGGUUGAAAAGCUCCCAACCUUUAGCCAAGGAAUGCUAUCCUGGCAGUACACUUCUGCACUUUUUGUUUUUUUGGACCAUGCUUAUUGAGAUAGCACCUACUAAGAAUCACAUUAACUCCAAGAGUCAAGACUGACAGCCUAGAAAGGCAGAGUCAGAAGGGAUCCUUGAUGUUUCCAAUCUGUUUCAGUCUACAGUUACUUGAGAAUGUGCUUAUUUAAAAAGUUUUACGUCAGUUAUAUGUAGUUUGUACCUUAGACCCAAACUGACAUUGCAUACUGUGAAAAACUUGGAAAGACUUUGAAAUACUUACUCUUUAUCAUUUUACUCUUGAGUACAGGCAGAUGGCAUCUUUGUAUGUACAGGUUUUUUACUGAAGAUGUGAAGGUUAUUGCAAACAUUUUGAGUACCGUGCUUUUAGUUUUCACAAGUUUGACUAUAAUGUCUUGGUAUUCUUUGAGUUUAGUCUGUUUUCUGAGCUUGAAUCUGUGGGCUUGUCUUUUGCCAGAUUUGGGGAAUUUUCAGCCAUUUCUUUGAAUGCAUAUUCAGUCUCCACCUCCAACCCCUUCUCUCCUUCAAGGACUCUGAUGACCCAAAUGUUCAGUCUUUGAAUGUUCCUCACUGAGGCUCCAUUGUUUGUUUGUGUUCCAGUAUAUUUUUGUCUUAGUCUGCUUGGGCUGCCAUAACAAAAUAACCACUAGCUGGGUGGCUCAAACAGUGGAAAUUUAUUUCUCAGUUCUAGAGGCUGGGAAGGCUGAGAUCAAGAUGUUGGCUCUGGUCUCUGGGGCAGGCUCUCUUCCUGGCUUACAAGAGGCCAUAUUUUUGCUGUGACCUCACAAGGUCUUUUCUUGACGCAUGUAUGUGGAAAAAGAGAAAAAGCUCCUCUUGCUCAUUUAUAAGGCUACCACUCCUAUCUGAUUGGGACCCCAGUCUAUGACCUCAUUUAACCUUAGUUACCUCUGAAAAGUCCUUAUCUCCAAAUAGUCUCAUUAGGAGUUAGCACUUCAAAAUGAAUUUUAGGGGGUCACAAGUCCAUAGCAUUCUGCCUGAGCCCCCCAAUUCAUGUUCUCACAUGCAAAAUGCAUUCACUUCAUCUCAAUAACCCCAAAAGUUUUAACUCAUUCUAGCAGCAACUCUUAAGUCUAAAGUCCAAAGUCUCAUCUAAAUAUCACAUAAAUCAGAUAUGGGUGAGAUAUAAGAUAUAAGUCAUCCUGAGUCAAAAUUCUUGUCCAGUCGUGAACUUGUGAAUCAAGGCAUGUUAUGUGCUUCCAAAAUGCAACUGUGGGACAGGCAUAGGAUAGACAUUCUCAUUCCAAAAAAGAGAAAUAAGAAAGAAGGAAGGGGUGAUGGGUCCCCAGCCAACAAAACCUAGUAAGUCAAAUUCCAUGAUAUCUUAAGUCUUGAGAAUAAUCCUCUGGCUUGAUGCCCUAUCUUCUGGAUCCACUAAGGCAAUUAUUCCAACUUCCAGACCCACUGUUACAGCAGUUCCACUGCCAGGCCUCCAGGGACCAGCCCUACCUCCAAAGCUUUGGUUGGAAGCCAUCUGGCCUAUUGAAAGUGAGACACUAUACCUACCCUUUGAAACAGGCAGCAGCCUAACAUCUCUGAGUUAACUUUGGAGUCAUUAUUUUUUUGAAGCAUGGCACACCUUUGUAGCUGAAUAGUUCUGUUGUCUGGCCCAGUAAGAUCUCAGAAGUCUGAGAGUCUUCCUUCAUUUGUCUAGGUUUUCUGUGCUUUUUCAUCCCUUCUGGCAGUGUGUCUGCUGGUAGAAAUAAUCCCAUUUCUAUUCCCUGACUUCUGCUGAGAGAGUUGAUUAAGUGUCACACCCAUGAUCUCUUUUUCAAAUGCCACACCCAUAGAGUUCUCUUUAGAACACACUUCAUCGUAUUUGGCAGUAUGGACAAUUUCCUAAACCUCUGAGUUCUAGUUCUUUUUUGCUUAAGAAUUCCAUCUUUAAUUCAUCUCUUCCCUCUUGCAUUUUGCUGUAAGCAGUAGGAGGACCCAAGCUGCACCCUCAGUGCUUUGCUUGGAAAUCUCCUUUGUUGAAUAUUAGGUUUAGUUGCUCACAAGUUCUGUCUUCCACAAAACACUGGAACACAAUUCAAGCCAAGUUUGUUGCCACUCUACAACAGGGAUCACCUUUCUUCCAGUUCCCAGUACUGUGUUCUUCAUUUCACCAGACCUCAUCAGAUGACCUUUAACACCCAUAUUUCUAGCAUGAACCUGAAAACUCUUCCAGAUCCACCCAUUGUCCAGUUCCAAAGCUACAUCAGACUUUCAGAUAUUUGUUAGAGCAGUACACCACUUCUAGGGGUUAAAACCUGUUAAUGUGGUUGGAGCACCAUAAUAUUCUGUAGCAUAGGUGGCCUAAACAAAUUUCAUUUCUCAACAGUUCUGGAGGCUGGGAGGCCAGGAGGCCAGGAUCAAGGUGCCAGCUGAUUGGUUUCUGAUAAGGGCUGUCUUCCUGGCUUGCAGAUCGCCACCUUCUUCCUGUGUCCUCCAGCCUUUCCUCAGUGCAUGCGUGUGGAAAGAGAAUUCUCUUCCUUUUAUAAGCCUAGCAAUCCUGUCAGAUCAGGACCCCAAAUUUAUGACCAUUUAAUCUCAGUUACCUUCUACAAGUCUUAUCUCUAAUCUAGUUACAUUGGGGGUCAGGGCAUCAACAUAUGAUUUGUGAGGGACGCGAUUCAGUCCACAGCAAUUUUCUUUCUUCAGAUUAUUUCCUAUUCUAUCUUCAAAUUCACUUGAGUCUUUUCCUCUGUCCCUUCCAUUCUGAUAUUGAGCCCAUCAUUUUUAUUUCAGCUGUACAUUUUACUUCCAUUUAAUUCUUUAUGUACUCUAUCUCUUUGCUGAGACUUUCUAUUUCUUAAAUUUGUGUCAUGCAUGUUUGUGGUUGCCCAUUGAUGCAUUUUUGUGAUGGCUGUUUUAAAUCCUUGUCAGGUGAUUCUGACAUCUCUGUCAGUGUUGGCACUUGUGGAUUGUCUUCUUAGUCCAGUUGAGAUUUUCCUGGUUCUUUGUGUGAUGAGUGAUUUUCCACUGAAGUCUGGACAUUCUGAGUGUUAUGUUAUGAGAUACUGUAUCCUGUUUAAACCUUGGGUUUGAGCAGGCCUCCUCUGACACUGCUCUGGGGGAGAAAGGGUUGGGGGGACAGUUUUAUCACUGUAGAUUUGUGCUGGACAUGCAGGCUUGUCACUGGCCCCUACUGACACCUGGGGAUGGGUGCUCAGCACUGCUGGGCAGGAGUGGGAGGUGCAGAUCCCCUCAUGGCCUCCACUGGCACCACAUCAGUAAGCAAGGGAAAGGACGUCUUGUUUCUGGGUAGGGUUGGAAGCCUAGUCUCCACAUGGUCUCCAAUGACAUUGCCGGGGGGGAUGCAGGGAGAGGUCGGUUUUGAAAAUCCUGUCCCUCCUUGACCCUCUCUGACAUACUCUGGGGUGGAGGUAGGGCAUUGAGGGGUCUCAUUAUACCUGGUGAGGGUGUAAGUAUAGGCUCCUGACUUGGUCUUUUAUGGUGCGGACGGGGCCAUAGUUUUUUUCUCUAUGGUCUCUGGCUGAAGAAGGGUGGUGAUCGUCUAAAAAGUUUUCCAUCUUGCUAGGUUGCUCUUUUCUUAGUCCUUUGGUUGGAAGGCUGGAGACAGCAGACUUUCCGUGGGUCUUUUUUUUUGUCUGUGCCCAUUGGCAUUUCUGGGUAGCUAGCCUCCUCCAAACCUGGUCUGGGAUAGAUGAGGCCCAAGGAAGACCCACGGAACUCAGCGCUAUGUCAUUCUUCAGGUCCCAGGUCCUUAGCCAGUCUGUAUUCUUUCCAUCUUUCAGAAACUUCUCUUGUUUUGUAUAUAAUAUCCAGGGUUUUUAGCUGUACUUAAGAGAAAUAGGGAAAAGUCAUCUUUCCCAUGACAUCCUUCCACUUGACACUGAAAUAGCAGGUCAAGUGUGUCAAAGAUCUGUGGCAUAUAUAAGUCAUUUAUAACCUGUUAGGAUUAAAAGGAAUGCUCACUUGUUCCCCAAAGAUAAGUUGCCAUAGUGCUAGGUCAAAAUCACCAGGCUGUAAGCUUCACCUAGCUUUGAAUGAACUACAGAUUUUAAGUUGAGGAAACACCAGAUUUUUUUUUUAAUCAAAUGUACAUCACAGUGGUUCAACAGCUCCCCUCCCUCUAACCCAGUCCCCUCCUCCUUUGUAACCACUAGUCACUUCUCAGUGUCUGUGUGUGUAAUGCUGUUUUGUUCCUUCUGUUUUGCUUUGUUUUUAUAUUCCACAAAUA